UCCCUCACCACGCACCACCACCGAUCGAUCCCUCUUCUCCUCUCCUCCCCUACCCUUUAAAGCUAGCUAGCGAGCGAGCGAGCUACCUACCUACCUGCCUCACCUCGCCGGCGGCGACCCAUCAGCCGUCGUCCGUCCGUCCCUCACUCGCUGCUGCCGCUGCAUCGAUCAGGCCAGCAUCAAGCGGAUCAAUCGGAGGGAGAAGCUAUCCAGCUCAACGACGACGGAGAAGAUCGAAGAAGAAGAAGAUCAGAAAGGGAUCGACCAAAGAUGGGGCGCGGCAAGGUGCAGCUGAAGCGGAUAGAGAACAAGAUAAACCGGCAGGUGACCUUCUCCAAGCGCCGCAACGGCCUCCUCAAGAAGGCGAACGAGAUCUCCGUCCUCUGCGACGCCGAGGUCGCCGUCAUCGUCUUCUCCCCAAAGGGGAAGCUUUACGAGUACGCCACCGACGACCGCAUGGACAAAAUUCUUGAACGUUACGAGUGCUAUUCCUAUGCUGAAAAGGCUCUAAUUUCAGCUGAACCUGAGAGUGAGGUAAAUUGGUGCCACGAAUACAGGAAACUGAAGGCCAAAAUUGGGACUAUACAAAAAUGCCACAAGCACCUAAUGGGAGAGGAUCUAGAGUCUCUGAAUCUCAAAGAGCUCCAACAACUAGAGCAGCAGCUGGAGAGCUCACUGAAGCACAUCAGAUCAAGAAAGAGCCACCUUAUGGUCGAGUCCAUUUCUGAGCUACAGAAGAAGGAGAGAUCACUGCAGGAGGAGAACAAGGCUCUACAGAAGGAACUUGCGGACAGGCAGAAGGCGGCCGCCAGCAGGCCGCAGGUGCAAUGGGACCCGCACACCCAGGCCCAGACGAGUUCAUCAUCUUCCUCCUUCCUGAUGAGGCAGGAUCAGCAGCCACUGCAGCCUCCACAGAACAUCUGGUAUCCGCCAGUGACGGGAGAGAGGGGCGAAGAGGCAGCGGCAGUAGCGCAGCGGCAGCCCGGGCAGGCGCAACCGCAACUUCGCAUCGGGAGCCUUCCGCCAUGGAUGACCAGCCACCUCAAUGCUUGAGCUGGCAACAAGCACGUCGAACUCGACUGCUACUACACCACAUGAUUAAUUGCCGUCCCUAUCCAGCGAUUGCGAGCAACUGCGCCUGCAAAGUGGUUUGUCACCAUUUAUAGAGUCCUAGCAUAAGUUCAUGGCAGCGAUUAAGCUAAACUAUUGUUAUGUUUGCAACAAGAAGGGUAAGCACUGUAUAAUCUUGUCAGCAUGUGUGUACCAGCUGAUGCAUGCCCCCUGUAUGCCUAUAUUAUUGGCCAAGUCCCCCAUGAAUCUAGUGCUGUAGCAUAGUUACUGUAGCCUUAUUAUAUCUAAUCAUGUACUAAUUUGGUUCAUUAAAUUCGGCUCGCAAAUUUACACCCA